UGGACCGCUUCAAUAUAUUCAGGGCUUGGUGAAUUGACCAUGGGAAAUGAAAUGGGGAACAACAACACAUCUGGAUUGCAAGAUGAAGAUAACACAGCUCAGGAUAAAUCUCAGCAAGAAUUUGCUCAUACAGAUGACUUGAAAGGAGAAAAUCAUGUAGUUCCUGCAACUCUAGAUAAGGAUUCUCAAGGAAAAGAGACAGGGUUGGUUUCUGGUGAUGUAGGAAGAGAAGAUCCCAAUGGUCAUGACCAAAAACCAGAAAAUAAAGAAGAAGAUAACAUGAAAACCGAAGGCAAGAAAUCUAUGCAAGACGCUGCUCGAAUAGAUAAUAAGGAACAAAAUCAUGAAGUUCUUGCAUCUGAAACUAUAUAUGUAAAUGAAAAAGAGGCAGUUUUGGCUUCUAUUAAUCUGGGGGGAGUGGCAGAACCUCAUGAUGACAACCAGAAACAGGAUGAGAAAGAUAAGGAAAAAUCCAUGCAAGAUGCUGGUUAUGCAGUUGAGGCAAAAAGACAAGAUCAUUUAGUUCCUGCAGCUGAGGAUAAAAAUACUCAUGGAAAUGAAACAGAGUUUUGUUCUACUGAACAUGAUGGCCUAGCAUCUCCUCAUGUUGAUACCCGGAAGCAGGAUGAGAAAGAACAAGAUACUAGCACAAUUCCUGAAGCAGAGGAAAUACCCUUGCAAGAAGUCGCUAGUACAGAUGAAACAAAUGCAGAAGUUCACCGAGUUCCUGCAGGUGGAGAUGAAAAUACUAAUGGAACUGAGACAGGGUUGGUUUCUAGUGACCGUGAUGGAAUGACACAUACUCGUGUUGACAAGAAUAAACAUGAUGAGAAAGAAGAAGAUAUUAACAUUAAUGAUGAAGCUGAGAAGCAAUCCUCAAAAGAACCUGCUAGCACAGAUGAAUUAGAAAGACAAGAUCAUCUACUUGCUGCAGUUGAUGGUAAAAAUGCUCAAGGAAAUGAAACAGGCUUGGUUUUCAGUGAUCCUGAGGGAACAGCAGAUCCUCUUGGUGACAAUCCGAAAGAGCAUGAGAAAGAAGAGAACAACACGAAUGCUGAACAUCAAGAAAAGCAUCUGGCAAAAGAUAAUCAGGCAGAUGAUGGUGAAGAAAAAAAAUUAUCAAUUCCUGCAGCUGAAGGUGAAGGUUAUAAUAACACAGACGCAGAAUCGGUUUCCGGUGAGCCGAUGGUAGCAGGAGAAACUCUUGAUAAUAAGACAUUGAAAAGGCAAGAACAAGGAAAAACUGAACUUCAUCCUCCAGCUCAAUCUACAAAGGUUGAUGCAAAACCAAGUGAAGCAGUUGAAGGCAAUGAAACCCGACCAGUUUUUUCAUCCAAGAGCUUGGACGAUAAUGAGGUGCAAAAAGAAUCAAAUUUCGAGAAGAAUCUAUCUGGAAGAAUUCAUCAUUUUGAGAACCAGAAUUCCAUGAUGGAAGAUGAUGAGGGGACUAGAAAUUCAAUUUCUGGGGCAGCAUCUUCUCCUUCACAUGAUUCUGUACCUCAAGAACUUGCAGUUCUAGAGCCUGACGAACAUGAAUUGGCCAAAAUCCAUACAGAGCAACAGGUACAAGUGUGCAGUGGGCCACUGACAAUUGAGGAUAUGAUCAUACUAUCUUUAACAUGCCCAGAUCAGGAAAAUGGUUUCGUUUUAGAUUCAAGCAUAUCAACUGAUACGUUCGAGAGUGUUUUUCCCGAUCAAAGUCUGGAGGUAGGAAAGGAAAGGGAUGAGUUUUCAGUGAAAGAGAUGGUGACUAAAGAAGUGAGCAGUGAAGAGAAGUUUGAACUUAAAGACGGGGAUGAGGCUGGGAAUAAUUUAGGAACCAUAACCACAAUAAUGAGAGGUUUGCCUAAGGGAUUUGGAGCCAAAUGCAAUGGAAAGUUGCCAAGUGAGAUGAACUCAAUUAAAAAUGAUUCCCCUGAAUCAAAAGCUGAAGCUGUUCUUUCAGAUGAGACGCAGAAGUUCAUAGUGGAAGUUUCCGAAACUGAAGACAAGGGCAUAGUUCUUAGUCAAAAAGCCACAUCGGUAAAGGAAGAAUCAGAAAAUGGAAAUAGCAAGCAUUCUCAUUGCCAAAUUCAAUCUGGAGAGGAGUCAAUCGAAAAAUCAAAUGGCCUGGGGUCAGAGGAAGGAUCAAAAGCUGAUAAGCAAAAUGCCUCUCCGCCUCAGUUUGUGAUGAACGGUCAUCAGAACGAGGAAGAAAGAUGUCUGCUCGGUACAUCUUGUGAUUCGAAGAGCUGUAAUAAGUACUGUCAAUUUGAGGAGGCAAAGAUUCUCGAGAGUGGUCACCUGCUUGAUGCGUCCAUUAACUACCACUAUGAAGCUACUGAAGAACAACAAAAGGAAUCACAAAAAGUUCAGUUGGUCACUGACCCUGCAGUGAUUUCGGCAGAUACUUUCCUCAGGGAUCAAAAAUACAAAGAAGAAGAAUCAGAAGAGAAGAAAAUUAUAGAAGAAAUGGUCGAAAAGAAGAAAGAUUCAAAUCUCAUUGGAAUUGAUACAUCAAGAAGAGAAAAUGGAGAGCAAUGUAUAUCUGGCUCAUAUCCUAUAGAACAAGCAGAAGCAUUUCUUAGCCCAUCUCCUUUUCUCCAUGCUUUGCCUGAGAAGCAGCGGCAGUACAGUGACAUGGAAUGCAGGAAAGUUCAAAAUAGCAACGAGUCCAUAGCAGAAGUAAAGGAAGAAAGUUUUUGUGAGUUUUCUACCACUGCUUCUUUCGUAACCAAAAACUUGACAGAGAAAAAUGUUGUUUCCGUAGUUGAAUUUACAGGUGACAAAUCUCUAUGGGAUCUUUCAGAAUGUCCAAAAUCAAAUCGACUGGCAAUGGCAGAGACUAAGUCUUCCGUAAAACAGUCUAGUGAACAUUGUGCACUUGCAAAAACACCUGAAGCUAUUGCUAAAGGUGAUUAUUACCAACAAGAAAGUGUGGGAAGGCUCAGCAUCGAAUCGAAUCCUCAUAACACGAGCAUUCAUGCUCAAACGCGGAAAUCCCCGAGCUUUCAUCUUGAUCUCCGAAUUGAUGCAAGAGCAGAAGAAUCAGAUCAAACCCCUUUGCUGGUUCAGGAUAAGACUACAAUCGAAAGCUUCUCAAGCCAAGCUGAUGUUACUGAUCCUGGAAAACCAGUAGCAAACGCUGAGUAUGGUAAAAACUCAUUGGAGUAUGAGGCAAUAGCAGUAGAGGAGAAAGUUGUUACAAUAGAAGGAAGUGAUUCUGACAAGUCAAAAACUCCAUUCCUUGGCUUCUUGAAAGAUGAUGAAGAAGCUGAUCACAUGUUAAUCAAUCCAAAGAAACAAGACAACCAAUCUGCUACAAAGAAGGCAACCAAGGUUUCAGCCAAGGAAGUCACAUAUGCUUCAAAAAAAGGUAAAGAGAAGCGCAAGCCUAGGGCUUCUCUCUUUGGCACCUGCAUGUGUUGUGCAACUGUGAUAAAUUAAACACUUUGGAAUGCUUUUCUCAUGUUCCUCAGUUCCAUUUUUUUAUUUAAUUUGUUUUGGUUGAGUUGGGUUUAAAACUUUCAUCUUUUAUCCAAUUGAAGUUUUCAAAAAUGGAGUUUGUCAAGCUGUGGACUAGUUAAUUUAUUUGAGAUGAAAUGAUACAGUGUGAAAUAACUUUGUAACUAUGGCUGGCUCUUUUUUUUUUUUUUGGUCAAUUUAAUUUGUAUAGACUUACCCUUGCCGUUUGAUGUAAGUUUUGUUGAUUGACAGAGAAUUUGUAUGGUAUGGGUAGACAAUUUGUAAGAUAGGCAGGAUUUGCUGCCUUUGAUUGCAAUAUUUGCUCAUUUUUAUUUUUAU